CCAACAUGACGAAGCUGUUAUCCGCCCAGGAGGCCGCCAGGAUCUAUCACACCAACUACGUGAGGAACUCGAGGGCGGUCGGCGUGCUCUGGACCAUCUUCACCAUCUGCUUCGCCAUCAUCUGUGUGGUGGUCUUCAUCCAGCCGUACUGGAUUGGAGACAGCGUGGACACCCCUCAGUCGGGAUACUUCGGGCUCUUCCACUACUGCAUCGGGAACCCCAUCACCGGAGAGCUGGUGUGUAAAGGCAGUGCGCUGGACUUCGGGUCCAUCCCCUCGGGCGCCUUCAAAACCGCCAUGUUCUUCGUCGGGAUCUCCUUGCUGCUGAUCGUGGGCACCAUUGUUUGCUUUAGUUUGUUCUUCUUCUGCAACUCGGGCAGCGUGUACAAGAUCUGCGCAUGGAUGCAGCUGGCAGCCGCGACUUGCAUGGUGGUAGGUUGUAUGAUCUACCCGGACGGCUGGGACUCGGAGGAGGUGAAGAGGAUGUGUGGGCAGCGGACGGAUAAAUACACACUGGGAAACUGUACGGUGCGCUGGGCGUAUAUCCUGGCCAUCAUCAGCAUCAUGGACUCCCUCACAUUAUCCUUCCUGGCCUUCGUACUGGGAAACCGGCAAGACAAACUGCUGCCCGAGGACUUCCAGGUGGAGGGCAAGAAAGGUAUGCUAUGAAUCCAGAAGACUUGAGUGUGUUACUAAAUGAUUGACAGUAGAAAUGAGCA